UAAACCCUUCUUCACCAUCACUUAGCCGUCGUUUCGUUUCAUUCCACAAAAUUCAAAACUCUCCGAUCGGCGGAAUCACUCCAUCGGAAAAAACAACAAUGGAAGAAGAACAUCCGGAAACAUUCAAUGACGCUUCUGACCUUUGCCAGCAGCUCAUGGACCGUUACGCCAAAUCUCCAGCUCCCCACCACCGCCACCUCCUCGCCGUUGCCUCUGUUCUACGCUCUAACCUCUCCGCCGAGUCGCUCCCCCUCACACCUCCUGCCUAUUUCGCCGCCGCCAUCUCCACCGCCGCGUCUUCCGACUCCCUGGACUCUGUAUCACUGUCCUCGCUUGCGUCCUUCAUGGCCAUCGCACUUCCACUUGUGCCAACUGGCGCUAUCUCGUCGGAGAAAGCGCGGGAAGCGGCGGAAAUUGUUGGAAUGCUGCUGGUUAGGGAGGGGGAGGGGUUGGGUGUUUCUAGCUUGAGGGCUGCGGUGAAGUGCGUUGGGGUUUUGCUUGGGUUUUGUGAUUUGGAGGAUUGGGAUUCCAUCAAAUUAGGGUUUGAAACUUUGCUUAAGUUCUCCAUUGAUAAGCGCCCAAAGGUUCGAAGAUGUGGUCUAGAGUCUCUUGAGAAGUUUUUUCGGUCUCUCAAAUCCUCCACGGUUGUCAAGGACGCUAGCAGGUUGGUUUUGUCUGAGCUGAAAAGGUGCAUUGAUUUGACAAUGAAAUUGACUGCUCCGAGGACUGUUGAUGCAUGUAAAGAUAACGGAAUUUCUAAGAACGAGCACCUAGAAGUCCUACAUGUACUAAAUGUAGUUAAUCUGGUUGCUCCUAAUCUUUCUCCAAAAAUUGUUCCGAAAGUUCUUUCGGAAGUGCAUAAAUUAUUUGGUUCUCAGAUCCCUGCGCUUACAAGGCACGUCCUUAAAACUGUAGAAGCUAUUUUUGAAACUUCAAGAGUCCGAAAUAUAGUCCUAGAGUUAGGGGACAUUGUAGUUUCUCUUGCUUCUUUUGUAUCUUUGGGUGAUAAGAACCCAUUGGAUACUGUGAUUUUGGCAGCAAACGUAUUAAAACUUGCAAUGGAUUUACUUUAUACUGGACAAUCAAGCUUAUGGAUCAAGAACCUUGCUCUAGUUUGUCAAUCUAUGAUGGGGCUUCUAACUUCUGAGGGAAACACUGCAUCACAGGCAUCAAAUAUCUUGAAUGAUGUGCUCAAGCAUCGAGUUGGUUCCCAAAGCUUAUUAAUUAGUACAGAUCAAACAUUUGACGAUGAUAGUCAGCUAAGUUUGGAAGGCAAUGCAAUAAAAUCAACAUGUGCAGUUUUUGAGAACACCCUCUCAGCUAUUGAUGGGAUCCCAAAUGAGCAUCUUUUGUCAGUCAUAUCUGUUUUGUUUCUUGAGCUUGGAGGAUUCUCAUUUGUAUCUAUGAAGAAUAUUGUGCUUAAACUUGCUGACUUGAUGAUUCAAAUUUCCGACGGCAAGACUAAUAAUGAGCAUAUUCAGAAAUGCAUUGGGUCUGCUGUUUUUGCUAUGGGACCUGAGAGAUUUCUCACAUUUGUACCUAUAUCUCUUGAUGAACACAGCUAUACUUAUUCAAAUAUUUGGCUAGUGCCGAUCUUGAAGCAAUACAUUACUGGAGCAUCACUUUCUUACUACGUGGAGCAUAUCAUGCCUCUUGCAAAGUCCUUUAAGAAGGCUAGCCGUAAAGUAAAAAAGUCAGAGGUCAGUCAAGAUCUUCUGGUUCGUGCCCAAGAAUUAUGGGGAUUGCUUCCCAGCUUUUGUCGUCGUGCACCUGAUACAUACAAAAGUUUUUCUCGUCUAAGUGACGUGCUGGCUACUUUUCUUAAAAAGGACCUCUCCAUGCAUGAAAAUGUUUCCACGGCAUUACAGAUUCUUGUGAACGAGAAUAAAGCUGCACUUAGCCCUAAAAAGAACGAGGCAGAUUGUGAUGCAGAACAUGAUUCUUCAUUAGAGUUCAGCAUGCGACCUGCUUAUUCAAAGAAAACUGCUACCAGAAACAUGAAUGCCUUGAAAUCAAACUCAAAUCAGCUGCUUCAUAUUUUAUCAGAUUUAUUCAUAAGUUCACUUCCUCAAACACGCAUUUCUUUAAAGGGUUCAAUCAGCUGCCUAGCUUCGAUAGCAGAUUCUUCUAUAACCAAAGAAGUUUUUAUGUCUCUGCUCAAGAGGUUUGAGCUUGUAGAUUGUGACGGUGAAGAUGAAGUAUUGACUAGCAAAGCGUUGGACAUUGAGCCAAGUGAUGAGAAGGGGUGUUCUCAAAGGUGCGCGACAUUGGAGAUAGCAUCUUGUCUUGUUGAAGGAGCCAAUGAUAAUCUUGUUGAGAUAAUUUAUAAUUUAACUAUACAUUCCUUUCAGGUAAGUAACGAGAGUAUUCGUCAUGAAGCAUACAACACUUUGAGCAAAAUCUUGGAGGUGCACCCAUGCUAUUCUUCUCCUAAAAAUAUGGAGCUAAUUGAUUUAUUACUUGGUCUAAAGCCGCCAACUGAAGUUGCUUCUCUUAGAGGCCGGUUUGCUUGUUUUCACAUGCUGAUGGUACAUAUAGUGAAGAUUAGUUUGGAAGAGGAUGUGAACUCAAAGGCUUUUCUUAUUCUCAAUGAAAUCAUCCUCACAUUAAAAGAUGGAAAUGAUGAAGCUAGGAAAGAAGCUUGCGAUUUACUCUUAAAUAUAAGUUCUAGCUUGGGAGACUUAUCCUGUGUUGGUCCUACCGAACCAUAUCACAAAUUAGUUAGCAUGAUAAUGGGAUAUCUUUCCGGUUCAUCUCCCCAUAUAAAAAGUGGAGCAGUAUCUGCGCUGUCAGUUUUGGUAUAUAAGGAUGCAAACCUUUGUGUCUCCAUUUCUGAUCUUGUCCCUUCUCUUUUAUCUUUGCUUCACUCCAAAGAUACGGAAACCAUUAAAGCUGUCUUGGGCUUUUUUAAAGUGAUGGUGUCUUGCUUAGAAGCAAGAGAGUUGCAGAAUAUUCUCUCAGAUGUUGUUUCUGAAAUCAUCCGUUGGUCGUCUGUUUCAAGACAUCAUUUUAAAACAAAGGUCACAGUCAUAUUUGAAAUAUUAAUUCGUAAGUGCGGUUCUGCUGCUGUGAGAGGGGUUACCCCAGAGAAGUACAUGGAUUUUCUCAAGACAGUUUUAGAGAAUCGACAUGGAAAAUCAAACGAAGCAUCCACUAUUGAUACAGAAAAUACGCCUGAAGUUUCAGCUGCCAAGGGGUCGGAAUGGAGGAAACCUAAUAAUUCAGAUACCCAAGAGAACGACAGUCAACAAAAAAAGAGAAAGAAAUUUGAGACAGGCAAAACUGAACAAUCGAAGUUUAGGAGCAAUGACGAAUUCAGAUUUGCCAAGAGAAGUAGGCAUUCUAAUGAUACAAAUUCAAAUGGAAGGUCAGAAGGAAGUAAAAACGGCAAUAAAAGCCAGUUCAAAAGUUUCACUCACGGUGGUGGGAAGGGAAAAGUAAAGCCGCAGGGUAUGGGGAAAGAUAAAGCAGCUUCUAAUGGACGUAUAGGAGCAUCCAAAUCGCACAAAUUAAAAGGGAAAUUCAAUAGAAAGUAAUAGAUGAUAGAGCUGCAAAACACUUGUGUUGAAGUAGAAGUAGAAGUAGAUGAGGAAGUUUGUAUUUGCUCUUUAUCACUGUCUAUAUAAAGCUGUGAUGUAACAAGUAAAGGAUUAUAAGCAGGAAUAUUAAUCACCUUUCCUGCAGAGAAAGUAUUAUAGAGAAGAAUUGGUUGUUUUUGUCAAGCUGGAUGCUCUUAUAGUCCAACAAAAAUGAAAGGCUGCAUACUGCAAGUGCAUGCAUAUUAGUUCAAGAGGUGAUGAGAAAAGCUGUUGUAUAUGACUGGCCCUGUUGCACUAACAUCUGCAUUCGGCAGGCUUAUUCCCUAACUGCUGCUACUUAUCACUGAUGAUAUAGUUAAAUCUUAAUUUCUCAUGUACCAAUUUUCAUUAAUAGUUAUUUGUGUCGAGAUUUGUGGACAUAGAGCAUGCCCAGUUUUGUUGUGAAAACUUGUUAAGUGCAUACAAAAGUAUAUUAUCUUUUCCUUUACUAUUUUCAUUUUUUGUUCUUAUGCUUGCAAGACAGGCAAUCAAAUUUGAUGCAGUUAAUAUUUUAAUGCUGUUAAGUUUAAA